AUGGAUCGGUUGGACCAUUUCUUGGAAAAGUACAACGGGCAAGAACAGUUUCUUUAUUUGGCAGUAUGCGAGAAAUUCAAUGUGGAGCCUAAGGUAAAGGUUCAGAUCACCAAGAAGGUGGUGCAGGCCCCGGUCAUCCCGGGCGACCGCCACCAGCUCCGCCAGUUGUGCGUAGAGAUGGCUGUGGCGUCCGCCGCGGACUUCUUCGUUGCCUUUGGGGACGGCCUGGCGCAGGGCAUGGCCUCCAUGCCGUCGCUCCUGGUGUUGCAGCUCAGGCUGCACACGGCAGGGUGGCCUCUAGAGAGCAACGCCUUCUCGUUCAGGACCCCGAGGACGCCCUGGGCAUUUGAGCCGGGGGCGGCAGGCGCCGGUGCCCGGCGCUGGGUUCAGGGCCAGCACCAGCUCCCCGCGGAGCUUUGCUCUUGCGAGUGGCGCUAG